GGAAGUGGAGCUUGUUGUGGCUCGGCCGUCUGCGCGAGAGGGCUGCCGCUGCUGAGGCGGCGGCCGCGGCUCUGAGGCGGUGGCGGCGCUGCCGACCGCGGGCCGCUCGGCCUCUGGGCUCGGCCCGCAGCCUUCCCCGAGCCCGCUGGGGCCCACGCCGACCAGCGCCUGUCCUAUGAGUGUGUCCCUGGUGGUCAUCCGACUGGAGCUCGCGGGUCACUCGCCGGUCCCCGCUGACUUCGGCUUCAGUGCCGCCGCUGGGGAGAUGUCCGAUGAGGAGAUCAAAAAGAAGACACUGGCAUCAGCUGUCGCCUGUCUAGAAGGGAAGUCACCAGGAGAGAAAGCAGCAGUCAUCCACCAACACCUUGGCCGUCGGGAAAUGACCGAUGUGAUUAUUGAAACCAUGAAGGCUGGCACAGAUGAGUUGAGAGACACAGUGGAAGAAAAGAAAUCUUCAGCAGCCCCCCUCUCUGCCCAAAGAAGUAGAGAGCAGAAUGAGUCUGUGAACACGGCCCCAGACUCUCCAUCCAAACAGCUCCCAGACCAGAUUUCCUUCUUCAGUGGCAAUCCCUCUGUUGAAAUCGUCCAUGGCAUCAUGCACCUGUAUAAGACAAAUAAGAUGACCUCCUUAAAAGAAGACGUGCGACGCAGUGCCAUGCUGUGUGUCCUCACCGUCCCUGCCACCAUGACCAGUCAUGACCUCAUGAAGUUUGUUGCCCCAUUCAAUGAUGUAAUUGAACAAAUGAAAAUCAUCAGAGACUCUACUCCAAAUCAGUAUAUGGUGCUGAUCAAGUUCAGUGUACAGGCUGAUGCGGAUAGUUUCUACAUGGCAUGCAAUGGCCGCCAGUUCAACUCAAUUGAAGAUGAUGUUUGCCAGCUGGUAUAUGUGGAAAGGGCUGAAGUGCUGAAAUCUGAAGAUGGCGCCAGCCUCCCUGUGAUGGACCUGACGGAGCUCCCCAAGUGCACUGUGUGUCUGGAGCGAAUGGACGAGUCUGUGAACGGCAUCCUCACCACACUAUGCAACCACAGCUUCCACAGCCAGUGUCUACAGCGGUGGGAUGAUACCACGUGUCCUGUUUGCCGGUACUGUCAGACACCAGAGCCAGUGGAAGAAAACAAGUGUUUUGAAUGUGGUGUCCAGGAAAACCUCUGGAUUUGUUUAAUAUGUGGCCACAUAGGAUGUGGACGGUAUGUUAGUCGACAUGCUUACAAGCACUUUGAGGAGACCCAGCACACAUACGCCAUGCAGCUCACCAACCAUCGGGUCUGGGACUAUGCUGGAGAUAAUUAUGUCCAUCGACUGGUUGCAAGCAAGACGGAUGGAAAGAUCGUUCAGUACGAGUGUGAGGGCGACACCUGCCAGGAUGAGAAGAUAGAUGCCUUACAGUUAGAGUAUUCAUACUUGCUAACAAGCCAGCUGGAAUCACAGCGGAUAUACUGGGAAAACAAGAUUGUUCGCAUAGAGAAGGACACAGCAGAGGAGAUUAACAACAUGAAGACCAAGUUUAAAGAGACCAUCGAGAAGUGCGACAGCCUGGAGCUCAGGCUAAGUGACCUCCUGAAGGAAAAGCAGUCCGUGGAAAGAAAGUGUACUCAGCUGAACACCAGAGUGGCCAAACUCAGCACGGAGCUUCAGGAGGAGCAGGAGCUGAAUAAGUGUCUGCGCGCCAACCAGCUGCUGCUGCAGAACAAGCUGAAGGAGGAGGAGAGGCUACUGAAGGAGACCUGUGACCAGAAAGACCUGCAGAUCACCGAGAUCCAGGAACAGCUGCGUGACGUCAUGUUCUAUCUGGAGACUCAGCAGCAGAUCAGCCACCUGCCUGCGGAGACGAGGCAGGAGAUCCAGGAGGGCCAGAUCAACAUUGCCAUGGCCUCAGCCCCCAACCCUCCCUCCUCGGGAACUGGUGGAAAGCUGCAGUCCAGGAAGGGCCGCAGCAAGAGGGGCAAGUGACCUUCCAAGACUUGUCCCUGAGACUUCCUGGUCACCGCAGGGUGUGCUGGGACCUUUGCUGAGUGGGAGGGUGGGCCCUAAUAAGUACGCCUGAGGACGAA